CACAAAAUGAAAAGAGCUAUGGCAGCGAAGAAACCAAAGCGUCGACAGACCUUCGAAGACAAAAAGCCGGUGCUUAGGUGCUUAAACACAGGAAAUUUAAGCCCAUAUCAAAAAUUUCAGCGCAGUAUCGGCUCCACGUUGGCCUUUGAUCCUAACAUAAAACGCAUCUAUCCGCAGCAGAUGACCGAUACCGAGGCCUUUAUCAAUCUGAUAAAAUGUGCUUUUGGUACUGGAUGUUUGGCCAUGCCGCGUGCCUAUUAUAAUGCUGGCUGGCUAAUGGGCAUUAUAAGCACUGUUUUAAUUAGUUCCUUCAUUGUCUAUGCCAUGCAUGUUUUGCUCUCCGACAUAAACCAGUUGUGCAGGCGCUAUGGCAUGAGUCUACUCAGUUACAGUGAGGCUAUGGAGUUGGCGAUCAUGAAUGGACCCAUAUGGCUACAUCCAUAUCACAAGCCCUUUGCCUUUAUGGUGGAUGUAUUUCUCUGCGUUUAUCACUUUGGUGUGGAUUGUGUAUAUAUUGUGUUCAUAGCGAAAAAUAUGAAGCUAUUAGGGGAUAUUUAUCUAACACCCAUCGAUAUGCGAAUUUAUAUGGCGCUCCUGACCUUACCGCUGCUGCUUACGUAUCUCAUACGAGAUCUAAAAUAUCUGGUCCCUUUGGCUUUAUUAUCCAAUGUGUUGCUGACCAUUAGCAUUAUUAUAUUACUUACCUUUAUCUUUGACGAUCUGCCCAGCUUGGAGGAGCGUGAAGCCAUCCAGAGUUUGUCCCAGUAUCCGCUUUUCUUUGGCACUGUUCUGUUCGCCAUUGAGUCGGUGGGUGUGAUCUUAGCGCUUGAGCGCAAUAUGAUGCAUCCGGAACAUUAUUUGGGAACCUUUGGUGUCCUGAAUCGCGCCAUGUUUGUUGUGGUUGUGUUCUACACCCUGUUUGGCCUUUUCGGCUACUGGCAAUAUGGCGAGGACAUAUCCAGCUCUAUACUAAACAAUCUGUCUACGGAUGAUAUACUUCCUCAAUGCAUAAUGGCUAUGUUUGCAAUGGGAAUUUUCUUCUCGUACGCCCUACAGGGCUAUGUCACAAUGGACAUCAUAUGGACGCAUUAUAUAGAGCCACAAAUUCAAGAGAAUGCCAAAUAUUCCCUGGAAGUUCUCGUUCGCAUGGCCGUGGUUGUUGCCUCUGUGCUAUGCGCCAUUGGUUAUCCAAACUUUGGACUGCUGCUCUCGUUUGUGGGCUCGUUCUGUUUGGCCCAACUGGGUCUAAUAUAUCCGGGGAUUAUUGAUUUGUGUUUGUGGUACGAACAAGGCUAUGGGCGUGGAAAUUAUUUACUUUGGCGCUCGGUGCUGUUCAUAGUUGUUGGCUUGUGUGGCGGCAUUGCCGGCACUGUGGUCUCCUUGCGAUCCAUGAUCGACCAAUAUAACACUCGGAGGUGAUUUCGGAACUGAAUAAACUUUGCUUUUCAUUUCUACCUUUA